CAGAUAUGUAGGAUAUCUGAUAUGGGACCCCCCCCCCAAGAGAGGGUCGCUUGAUCCCUAAAGGGAUUGUGUCCCACAGGUUGGGAAACAGUGUACUGGACCAUGCCUACAACCACUGAAUGCCAGCAUGCUCAUCCUAUGAGACCACACUUCGAAGGGAGGCAGGUGCAGAAGCUGUGGUCAACAAUACCCCCAUAAGAGCUGUGACAGCCUGCUGUGGGUCUCUAGUCUCUUACUUGUCUGGCUCCCAAAUGAAGGCUUAAUGCCAGACUAAAAAAGGGUUUCACAGUCAAAAGGGGUUCUCAGUGGCCAAGAAGAUGUGGGGUGUCAAUUGCAGCAUUAUCCAGAUGGGGCAACGCUAGCAGCAGCCUCAGUGGCUGUCAGGAGAGGGAGUCAAUGAACCACGGUUCAUCAUACAAUGUGUUACUAUGGAGCCACAAUAAAGAAUGAGGUGGGGGCUGGAGAGAUGGCUCAGUGGUUAAGAAUUCUAUUCCAGAGAACCUGAGUUCCAUGUACCAGGCGCUCACAAGUGACUAUAACUCCAGUCCCAGGGGAUCUGACUCUAUGGAGACUUGCACACACAUGCACAUAUUCACAUAACUAAAAUAAACUAAAGAGAAUGAUGUAGGUCUGUGAAACAUUGUGCAGUAUCUUACUCUGGCAAGACCCAGUUCUAUAAUAAUGAGCAAAUGCGCAAAACCUCACGCCGAGAAACCACGUAGAGUUAUCUCUGUUUAACUGUUGCUUGGUUUUGCUUUGGUGUUUGUUCGUUAUCCAGGCUCAGGAGGCCGAAGGGGGAGGAUUAGGAGUUGGAAGCCAUCUUAGGAUUCAGACUCGGACACUGAGGGAGGAGCCACUGGUGGAGAGGCAGAGAUGGACUUCCUGAGGAAUUUAUUCACCCAGACCCUGGGCCUGGGUUCCCAAAAGGAGCGUCUUCUAGACGAGCUGACCCUCGAAGGAGUGACACGCUACAUGCAGAGCGAGCGCUGCCGCAAGGUCAUCUGUUUGGUGGGAGCCGGAAUCUCCACGUCCGCGGGUAUCCCUGACUUCCGCUCCCCGUCCACUGGCCUCUAUGCAAACCUGGAGAAGUACCACCUUCCUUACCCAGAGGCCAUCUUUGAGAUCAGCUACUUCAAGAAACAUCCGGAACCCUUCUUUGCCCUUGCCAAGGAGCUCUAUCCCGGGCAGUUCAAGCCAACCAUCUGCCACUACUUCAUCCGCCUGCUGAAGGAGAAGGGGCUGCUGCUGCGCUGCUACACGCAGAACAUAGACACGCUGGAACGAGUGGCGGGGCUGGAGCCCCAGGACCUGGUGGAGGCCCACGGCACCUUCUACACAUCACACUGUGUCAACACCUCCUGCAGAAAAGAAUACACGAUGGGCUGGAUGAAAGAGAAGAUCUUCUCAGAAGCAACUCCCAGGUGUGAGCAGUGUCAGAGUGUGGUAAAGCCUGAUAUCGUGUUUUUCGGUGAGAACCUUCCAUCGCGCUUCUUCUCCUGCAUGCAGUCAGACUUCUCCAAGGUGGACCUCCUCAUCAUCAUGGGCACCUCCCUGCAGGUGCAGCCCUUCGCCUCCCUCAUCAGCAAGGCACCACUAGCCACCCCACGGCUGCUCAUUAACAAGGAAAAGACAGGCCAGACGGACCCCUUCCUGGGCAUGAUGAUGGGCCUGGGAGGUGGCAUGGAUUUUGACUCCAAGAAGGCUUACAGGGACGUGGCCUGGCUGGGUGACUGUGAUCAAGGCUGCCUGGCUCUCGCUGACCUCCUCGGAUGGAAGAAGGAACUGGAAGACCUUGUCCGGAGGGAGCAUGCCAACAUAGAUGCCCAGUCAGGGUCACAGGCCCCCAACCCCAGCACUACCAUCUCCCCUGGAAAGUCCCCACCGCCUGCCAAGGAGGCGGCCAGGACCAAAGAGAAAGAGGAACAGCAGUAACAGUAACCAUGACCUCCCGCAGGACAGCGGAGCCCGGCCAGCACUGGGCCCUCUUAACAUGCAGCUUGUGUGAGCUCAAAGACCCUUCGUUCUUUAACCACGUUCUUGAAAUCAGGGUCCCCAACUCAAUCCCAGAAAAGCCUAAUAUACCUAGGGGCUGAGGCCUGUGCAGUCUGUAGCUGGGGCCUCUAACCACCAUAGCCUCUAACCACCAUAGCCUCUAACCACCAUAGCCUCUAACCACCCAGGCAAGAAGCAGCCUUCCCUAACUUCUAAUUAUUCCCAGACAACAGGCUACCCCAAAACCCCUAACAGUGCCAGAAUAAGGCAUUUCUCUAUUGUUUUCAGGGGGCCUAUGGCUAAAUCAAAUUAACCUACCCCGCAUAGGGGCUGGACUCUACAAAUAGAACUUCACCCAAGGGGGUGGGGCCUUGUGGGAUCUCUGAGCCUGAAGGCCUGCCAACUCUCUGCCUCCAACAAAGUGGGUACUAGGCUCCCUUUCCUGGGGACCCACUUGCCAGCUGUUGGUGGAUGAGCAAGAGACCUUGCUUAUUAGAAACAAAUUAAAAAACAAAACAAAGCAACUAAC